GACGUCAGAGGGAGGGGCGAAGACCUGUGCUCUGACAGCUCAGCGCUCCUCCCAUUGGUCACGUGAUGCGGCGGUGGCGCUCUGUACUAGACUCAGGUUGCUCUGACUUCCUGUUCCCGGGAUAGCCUGCCGCUGCCUCUCUUCCACCCCACCUCGGAGGAGGAGGACUCUCUAUGGUCUCCCGGAGAGGUGUGACACGGUCAGGAGCCGGUCAGCCAGUGUCGGUGGCUCGGUUAUCCUGGUGUGCAUCAUGCCGGUUAUCUACGUCCUGCUGCUGGCCCUGCUACUGGCGGCCCUCUGUGUCUUGCUAUUAGGACGAUGGGUCCUCUAUCGCCUGGCCACUAGCUGGUGUCAGAGAAAACUUGGGGUAGAGUUAAAAAUUGGAGGCUUGGGAUUCUUCUGGUUGCAAAACAUCAGUGUGAAGUUCGGGAAGCAGCAGACUCUGGAAAUUGACAGUAUCUGGUUAUCUAGCAAGCUGCUGAACCAUGAGUUACCUCACUACUUUGCUCUGUGUAUUGGAGAAGUGCGUAUUCGAACUGACCUACAAGGUAUAUGGUCACAUCAGAAUCAUGCUCCUAACGAUCCAUCUGAAGUUCAAAUGCAACGUAAUGGAAAGACUACAAUCAACCCAUCAAUAUUAAAAGUCUUAUCUCAGUUACUGUCUGUUUACUUGGAUUCUGUGAAUAUUAUGGUUCUCAACGUGGCAGAUUCAGAGUCUCUAUGGCACAUGACCUUGUCAAAGACCAGUAUUAUAUUGGACAGCGAUGGUAAAAGGAUGGACUACACAUUGAGUCUUAGCCAGCUGUCUAGCAAAUUACUAAAGAGCAAUAUGCAGGAUGAAGCCUGUUUGGCAGAGCUGUCAAUGGCCCUUACACUGGAGUGCAGCAUCAAUGAGAAGCGCUUGCGAGCGGUCAGUCUGAGAGUGCGCAGUCUACAUUCCGAGGUGCAUGAGAGUCUGUUUCACAGUGACUUGCUGCAGAAGAGGCUGGUUUCAACAGUCCAUAGCAAAAUGGAGGAGCGCAGCCAUGGAGAGGAACAGGCAGACACAGAAAACGUCACACCUAAGUGGCUGCAGCUAAUAUCAAGAUUACCUUGUAAACUAGAUGUAGGUUUUGAAAGCAGCACUGUGGUCCUUUCUAUGAACAGCCAGCAGAGGCACUUAAACUGGACUCUCAAACUGCUGCAGUUUUUCUAUAUGCGGGAGGAGGAUCAGUUGCCCAUGCGAAAGUUCAUUGGCAACUCAGAACUGGCACAGAUGAGCUCUGAACUCCUAAUUGAAGAUGGUCUACUACUGUCACAGAGUCGACAAAGGAUCAUCUGUUUGAAUCACUUGAAAGCCAGUAUGCAGGUCACCUCUAUUGAUGUUCAGAGUAAUGUGGCUCUUAAUACUUGUAUCGUUCACUACCGCCAUCAGGAGUUCUCUCAUUGGUUCAGCUUGCUGGAGUUGGGUCAGUAUAUACAGAGGGACUCGAAAGCCUCAACCAAAAAUAAUCGACCUCUUCCUGUGAUAUUAGCCCCAAUAGUCUUCAACUCCAACAUCUCUAAUGUCAAUGUGUCUGUCCAGCUUGAUGAAGCACAGCCAUUUGCUGUAGGAUUUUCAUCUGUUUCUCUUGAAUUUAAACACCUGCGCACACAGAAUCUCCACCAGCGAGCUCUACUCUCUGUCAACAACUUGUGUUGGCGAGUGGGUAAAGACUCUCACAUCCAGCAGGCUCUCCAUCCACCAAACACACACCUCUGGGGCGAGGCUUGUGUGCUGGAUACCUUUAGCUUACAGGGCAGCUACAACCAAUCGUUGGGUGUGGGUAUCAUGCAAUCAGACACCCUCUUCAUAGAAUCCACUGUGCAAGGAUUGCAGGCAGAAUUCUCAGAGACCUGUGCAGACUGCAUCUUGCGUGUGCUGAAUCUGAUGCCGGUAGCCUCUAAGCAUCCUGUGCCAACAGCACAAGAUCCACUCUCUCCACUUUCUCCAUGCCGGGAGGCCAGCUGCAAACCGGCCAUUCUCUGGAAAGUAGAUAUCCGCGUGGAAGAAGUGAAUCUGUUUACAUUGUCCAAUCUAGUGGGUGCCUCUCAGGUGAGGAUAGACCUACUUACCCUAGCAGGCAGUGCAGAGAUGUGCAGUCUGAGCCUGCAAGGAGUGGCCUUGUCUCUGCUGAAAUCCAUCACUGAGAAGAUGGAAACAUGCUGCAAAGCCCUAGACAUUAAUGAACCGCUGCUCUUUUUCUCCAUAAUGUCUUUGUCUUACUACACCACUAUACGCGCCUUGGAGGUGCAGUGUGGGGAAGAACUGGCUCUGCAAUGGAGUCCCUGGGAUCACAUGUACUUGUAUCAACAUACUUUGUCCACCAUGCAAUGCAGGAAUCUGCUCUCCACAACCUUAGCUGAGAGAUUCCAGGUUUCAGAGAUGGCCAUCCAUGAUUCACCAGAUGAUUCACCCCAGCAGGCUCGUAGUCCAGUUGCAGGCAGUCCUUCUCCUAAGGGAAUGCAGAUUACACUGGAGUUGAACUCAGUCAGGUUGCAAGCCACUGUUUCUCCGGAGAACUAUUUUCUAGUCAGAGCUCAGAACAUCUGCCUUAGCCAGCAUGGGGGCGCUCUUCAGUUGCGCUGCCCUGAAGUAACGGUCAAUGCUGAUGGAAACAACAUAUUCCUGUUUAAAGACAUUGAUGCACAAAGACUGCCUGAAUUGGAAGACAUGCUGCUGCACCGCAGCCACUUCAACUCGCUGCUGACAGAGAGGAACCGAGCCUGGGUGCUGUCUUUUAGUAAUGUUUCUAUGGAGUUUCCCCACCGUUAUGACUUCUCCUGCAUACUUGACCAAUCCAUAGGGGUUCAGAAGUGGCUGAAAGGACUCCACCGGUCUCCACGAACUGGACCUGAGCCUCUUCCACCAGACCUUGUGCUAAGGGUUAAACAGUUUUCUUUUGCAUUCUUAGAUGAUGUCUUUGAGGUGAAGCUGAGAGAUAAUUAUGAGCUAAUGAAAGAUGAGAGCAAAGAAAGUGCAAAGAGGCUAAGACUACUCGAUGACAAGGUAGUUGCCUUGCGCAAGCAACAUGGGGAGUUGCUGCCAGCUCGAAAAAUCGAAGAGCUUUAUGCAUCGCUGGAAAAGAAGAACAUAGAGAUAUACAUCCAGCGUUCCCGUCGCCUUUACAGCAACACCCCCAUGAGAAAGUCUCUCCAGACGUGGACCAUGGCGGACCUGGAGAUAGUUGCCUUAGCAGAUGAGUCACUACAUGGGUCGGAGAUGGUGCUGGAAAAUAUGAAGGACAUUGACAGUAUCAGCCCUUUUCCCUCUGAAGAGCUACCACUAGUAAUCCAGUGGUGUCGCAUGAUGAAGUGCUCUCUAAAAACAUUUUAUGUGCGAAUCCGUGACUACCCUCGAUAUCUCUUUGAAAUCCGGGACUGGCAUCUUUCAGGGAGACUGCUUGGGGCUGAGCAGAGUGGGCAAGCCAGUGCACGUAGGAAACAAGUGGUGCAUUUGGGGGCACCAUGGGGGGAUUCAACAGUUGAGAGGAACAUGCCACCUCUAAAAUUCUUUCACGACUUUCACUCUGAGAUUCACCUAUACACCAUUGUGUGGGGACCAUGCUGGGACCCAGCCUGGACUUUGGUGGGGCAGUAUAUUGACCUUCUUACCAAACCUUCCAUGGAUCCCAGUGCUCCGUUACCAUGGUGGGACAAGAGCAGACUGCUUCUUCAUGGAUAUUUCCGUAUGGACAUUGAGCAGGCUAAUCUCCAUCAGCUGGCUACUGAGGACCCAUAUAACACCACAGAGAACAUGCACUGGGAAUGGAACCAUCUGAAGUUUGCUUGGAAUCCCGGGCAAUUCACGUUUAAAGGGGACUUGGAUGUCAAUGUGCGCACAGCUUCCAAGUAUGACGACUGCUGCUUUCUCCACUUGCCCAACCUCUCGAUGACCUUUGACCUGCAGUGGCUGUGCCACGGGAACCCACAUGAUCAUCAUAAUGUAGCACUUCGCUCCCCUGACUUCCUCGCGGAGUUCUCUUCCAUCCAACCUCAUGAUUCUUACCGUGCCUUCCGCUCAGAGAACCUCAUUCUCUCCAUCAAAAUGGAUCUGUCUCAGUCCCAUGCAGUAUGUGGCAUACAAAAGGAAGUCUGUAAGUGCGCUGCUGCUGCAGGGAGCGAGAAAACCACAACCAAGCAUACAAUCACUGAAGUCUGCCAGCCCCGCAUCUUGCUGUAUAGCAGCACCUUACGCUGGAUGCAGAAUUUCUGGGCAACAUGGAGCAGUGUGACUCGCCCGAUCUGCCGUGGGAAGCUGUUUAAUAACCUGAAACCAGGAAAGAAGAAGCUAGGACAACAUUACAAGCAGCUGUCAUACACCGCCUUGUUUCCUCAGCUACAGAUCCAUUACUGGGCAUCGUUUGCUCAGCAACGGGGGAUUCAGGUGGAAUGCAGUCAGGGGGAAAUCUUUACUCGUGGUGUGCAGAGACUUAUCCCACAAGCUGGGACAGUGAUGCGUCGCCUCAUCUCAGAGUGGAGUGUACCACAGAUGACCAGCAAAUUAAACCUUGUAACUGUACAUCUCAUGGCCUCGGCCUGUGACGAGAAUGCAGACCACCAAAUUGACAAUCUUGUACAGAAAACCCAUCUGCUCAGCCUAUCCUCACUGAGCUAUGAUAGACAGGAAUUAUCUGCCACGGGUGAGGAAAACGCCAUCUACACCCACCGUCUGCAUUUGGUCGAUCUCCGAGCAUCUUGGACAACUUUGAAUAGAGACAUUGCAUUUGGGCUGUAUGAUGGUUACAAGAAAGCAGCUGUGCUUAAACGCAAUCUUUCCACUGAGGCCUUAAAAGGACUAAAAAUUGGCACACAGUUACAGGCAAAGAAGCUGAAGCGUGGCUCCAUGCGCAGUUUUCCUCCUCCCAGGAAAGUCACAGCACCUGUAGUUACUGGACGGACUGAGAGAUCUCCAUCAGGAGGGGCAGACAUGCUCCAGAGGCUGAUAGAGGAGACAGACAAAUUUGUGGUGUUUACUGAAGAGGAGUCCGGCGUGAGCGAGCAGUUGUGCGGUAAAGCUGCCUGUCAGGACAAAGACAUCUAUAACCACAACUGGCUCAUUGAGCUUGUAAACUGCCAGAUGGUGCUUCGAGGAGCUGAGACAGAGGGCUGUGUGAUAGUGUCUGCAGCAAAAGCCCUGCUCCUGCAAUGCCAGCACCAUCCCUCUUGGUAUGAAGAUACUCUUAAGCAGAAGACCUCGUGGACCUGCCAGCUUGACAGUAUGCAGUAUUUUGCUACCACUGAGAGCAGUCCCAGUGGAGAAGAUGAUGGUCAGCGCUGGCUAGAGGUGAAGAACAUUGAGGAGCAUCGCCAUAGGAACCUGGACACAGUGCAGGAGUUGAUGGAAAGCGGUCAGGCAGUUGGUGGAAUGGUCAGCACCACCACAGAUUGGAGUCAGCCAGCUGAGGCUCAACAAGAUCAGCAGGUUCAGAGAAUAAUUUCCCGCUGUAACUGCCAUAUGUAUUACAUUAGCUAUAGUCAUGAUAUUGACCCAGAGCUGGCUAUGCAGAUCAAACCUCCCCCAACACCAUUACACCCAGAAAAAGAAGACUUGCUAAAAGGACAAGAAGCUGCUGCCGAUACCUUUACUCUAAAACACCAGCACCUGGAGAUCUCUACCAACCCUGCCCAAUAUGCUAUGAUCUUAGAUAUAGUCAACAACUUGCUGCUUCACGUGGAGCCAAAGCGCAAGGAACACUGUGAGAAAAAACAGCGGGUUCGUUUCCAGUUAGAGAUCUCCAGUAACCCUGAGGAGCAACGAAGCAGCAUUCUGCAUCUCCAAGAAGGCGUCCGGCAACAUGUGCUGCAGAUACGUCUGCUGGAGAAACAGAUGUACUCUAUCAUGAAGCUGCUUCAUGAUGAGAGCAAGAAUGAAUCUUUGCACGAGCAACACAUGAAACUUCAGGGACAGCUCUAUCAAGAAAAGAUGGAUUUACAGCAGAAAAGUGAAGAACUAAACAUCCUUAUUCGAUGCUUCAAAGACUUUAAGCUGCAGAGAGCAAACAAAAUGGAGUUGCGCAAACAACCAGAGGAUGUGAGCGUUGUUCGCCGUACGGAGUUUUACUUUGCACAGGCACGGUGGCGGCUUACUGAGCAGGAUGGGCAGCUGGGCAUUGCAGAGCUAGAACUACAAAGAUUUCUGUAUAGCAAGGUCAACAAGUCUGACGACACUGCUGAACAUCUGUUAGAGCUGGGCUGGUUUACCAUGAACAACCUGCUUCCCAAUGCCAUUUACAAGGUGGCAUUGAGACCACAGAGUCCUGGUCAGUCUGGCAGACAACUCACACUGAGACUAUACAGUAAAGUCCGUCCACCUGUAGGGGGCAUCUCCAUCAAAGAGCACUUUGAAGUGAAUGUGGUUCCUCUCACCAUCCAGAUCACACAUCAGUUCUUCCACAGGAUGAUGGGAUUCUUCUUUCCUGGACGCAAUGUGGAGGAGGAAGAGGUUGGGGAUGAAGAGGAUAAAUCCAAACUAGUUACAACAGGGAUGCCAGUGGUAAAACCCAGGCAGCUCAUUGUGGCAGAGGACACUGUAUCACUUGGCCCAGGCAAAGGUGUUGGACAAGGUUUAAAUCGGACAACAGGGGUCAGGCGAUCUUUUCGAAAAGCACCUGAGCAUCCUGUGGAUGAUCUGGACAAGAUGAAAGAGCGAGCUGCCAUGAACAAUUCAUUUAUCUACAUCAAAAUUCCACAGGUGCCUCUGUGUGUCAGCUACAAGGGUGAGAAAAACAGUGUGGACUGGGGAGACCUGACUCUGGUGUUGCCAUGUCUGGAGUAUCACAACAACACCUGGACCUGGCUGGACUUUGCUAUGGCAGUGAAGAGAGACAGCCGCAAGGCUCUGGUUGCACAGGUGAUUAAAGAGAAGCUGCGUCUCAAGCCAGCUGCGGGUGCAGAAACAAAGGGCAAGAGUGAGGCAAAGACGGACAUGAAUCAGCAGGAGGAGGAUGAGAAAGCCCGGCUGCUGAUCGGGCUCAGCAUGGGGGAUAAAAACGCCGGCAAGAAGUCCAUAUUUGGGAGGAGAAAAUAAACUGUGGACAUAUGUUUUCAGGAGAAACUUAUGGCUCUGUAGUACAGAGGGUUGCUUGAUGUGAAUGAUGCUCUUCUGGAGUGCAUGUCUGUGACAUGACCUUGAGGUUCUUACCUGUCUUAAUGACUUCAGUGUUGUCCUUUCAUGGGACAUAAAGUCAUACCAAGGAGCAGCAUUAUCUCUUUCCCUAAAGAUGGUCAUAUGACGACAGAGAACCUUUCUCAUCACUACGUCCCCUCACUUGUGUCUCCUUUCUGUCCUUGGGAUGUAUUGGAAGUUAAUCUCGCAUGUCUCCCAGGUGGUAUAACCAGAAAGUACAUUCAAUGAAUGUUUUAUUGAUGGGUAAUAAUCCCAGGACCUAGUUAGAGUCACACAUGAUGCAGUAGAGCCUUUUCAUGUGCCUGAGGCUGGCACCAAGGAUGGUGCACUAAAUAUAGUUAGAAUACCAUGUGGCAUGGGAGAGUCAGAGCUUUUCUGUAACCAUGGACUCUCUUUUUUAGCAUUACAUUUACCAAAGUUAUAUGUAACAGAGUUGGAGGGAAGCCGUGCUUGUCUGUGUAUAUGGUGACACCAGUGUAACAGCUCUUUCACCUAUCAAACUAGAGCAAAAACUGACUGGGACUUAUUUAAAACAUGGUGCAGUGAUGUAAUCUAUAAUAUCCAAUCAAAUGUAAGCUUUCAUUUUCAGAACGGUUAUUGAAAACUGUUACAUUCUGACUGUUUCUAUUGGUCACAGCUAAUUUCACAUUGUACCUUGUCUUUAAAUAAACCCCUAUGUGCUGCAGACAAGUGACAGCUGGGAGAUAAUCAAGGAUAGUUGCACCAUUCUUGCCUGACAAUUAUCCUGUGUGGUUCAGCAAUAAGAGCCUAGUUAGUACUGCAACCAUGGCAAUGAUGAGAACAGAACCAUCUCAUUCAGCAGCUAGUUGGGACCUGACAUACGAGGUGUUUAUUCUCUCUUUAACCACUUUGCUAACAUUGUGUUGGCUCUUUUGCUUCAUUAUUAAUUGCUGCCAGCAGGAACUUACAUAUGUUGCUGACCUCACUAGCUGCAAACAUUUUAUGAUCAGAGUUUAAUGUCCAUUACAUAAAAACCGCUUCCUGAUAAUAAAGUAAAUAUUUAUUUUUCAAGAGAUUAAUUUGUAAUUCUAAUAAUUGUAAUUUUGAUUGCAGGAUCUUUGCCUUUCCCCCCCUUUGUGUAGUCUAUUGAUAUAAAUACAGGCAGGGGUUGUACAUAUCAGGAGUAAUCUCCUACCAGGUGGAUGGGGACGGAUUUCACUUAACUUUGUCAUAUUGCAUUUAAUGAUUAUGGUUUAAGAGCAUUUACAGAGGUGGUGAUUUAUGUUUUUAUAAAUGUAUAUAUACAUAUUUAUAUGCAUUGAAGGGGUACUGGGUGCUGUUGUUGCUGCUACAUAGGUGUAUAAACUCCUGCUCUCAUCUACAGACAUUUGCACUUUUUGGUACAGAUUGCUCUUCACCAACAAUGAUUAAAAAUCAUAUUGUUACUUUUAACAAAA